GUUCAUUUCAUUCACGGCUCUCAUUUCCCAACCCCAACCCCUUCGGUCUCAGACGUCUGCUGUUCUGUCCCCUUCUCCCCAAACCCCUGCCUUCAUUUUCCCGCCUUUUCUCACUGCGAAAGUCACACUCACAGUAAAACCCUAGCGCUCCCUAGAUUGUAACUUUCUCACGGAAGACUACUCUUCUACUGUUGAGAGUCUGGAAAAUUUGCUGAAACGGCUAUGGUCACUUCAGGGGACGUUCAAGAGAUCGUCUCGAAGCUAUCAUCCGAUAAAGCUAAAACUCGAGAAGAAGGGAUUAAGCUGUUGAACACAUGGUUGGAUGGCGAAAGGUCAAUUGGCUUCUGUAGAUAUAUUGGACAGGAAACUGCAAUGCUUAAGCCUAAUGACAUACCUCACUCUGAAACAUGGCCUUUCCUUAUUAAACUGCUCAUUCAAAGUGCAUCAUUUGAGAUAUCUUCAAGCAAGCGGCGAUUGCCAAAGUUGAUUUUUGCUAAAACUUUGCGCAUUGCUGUGCAACGCUCAGAGGAUGCCAAGUUUUCAGGCAAGAAUUUGCUUUUGUCUGUGGUGAAACUGCUUUUCAAUCAUAUCUUGGAUGUCUUAAAGGAUGUUCCCAGCUUUCAGUCCGAGUAUGGGAUUAUUCUCCGGCAUCUUCUGGCAGUGAGAGAUUAUCGGUUUCACAUGAGGAAGCGUGUCUAUUACAGUCUGGUGCUUCUAUACACAGAAAGGGUGCAAACAAGCUUGAGUGGGACAAAUAAUAUUCAUUCUAAUCCCAAAGAGGAUGUGUUCCGUUGCACCUUGACACUCCAUUCUCUUCUUGAAAAUCCUCCUGGGGAUUUUCCAGAUAAUAUACGUGAAGACAUUGUCAGAGGUUUUGUUGGAAUUUUCUCUUGUCUAAGGGAUGAGGGAAAGAUUUCACGUAAGCUAAUUGAGUGCAUUAAUGCUUACUUGUUGAAGGAUGGUCCAAAUUUGGGCUGCCAGUCCUUGGAAAUCCAUGAUGCGCUCAAGCAGUUUGCAUUCAGAUGUUGGAUAUCGACCCAUGACAGGGGGUUAAAGGAUGCUCUUGUUUUAUAUGCUAGGUUGCAACUAAAUUUGAUGAGAGGUGCUGCUGAUGGGAGUGCUUUGGUGGAACAACUUCUGGAAGUUGUUGGCAAAGAGCUAGAUCAGAGUAGUAUUGGCAGUACCAGUCUGACCAGGAGUGACACAACCAAGGAUGAUAAGUGUGGAAAAUUGACAAGCUCACAGUGCGGUUUGCUGGAACUUGCAGCCCUUGUCUUUUAUCGGGCAUGCAUGAAUAUGUCAAAAGCACCAUCGGAUGAAAAAAGAGCGAGAAGGGAGCAUCCUGCUGCCUACCUAAGAGAGCGAUUAUUGAAGGGAAGUUGGAUGUGGAAUGCUGCUUUUUGUUGCCUAACACAUAACUACUGUACUCGGAUCAGUAAGGAUCUUUUGAGCUACUGGUUUGAAGGCAUUUGUGCAAGCUUUGAAAGAAUAAUUAUUGAUGCAAAUGCUGGCCACACUUAUGAUUGUUUGCUGUGGGCUUUGCGGAGCCUGCAUCAACUGUCUUCAGUUCUGCUUGUUCCAGUUUCAAAAAUAGAGAUCUCACUGGGUUCAUCCUUCAGUCCUUAUGAGCUAGACAGAGGUUGGCACACAAUAUGGAGCUGCCUAAGGCGUGGGUUAUCCGUAUUCAGUAAUAUCAGUUCUGUUGCCGAUGCUGCUUUACUGCUUCUUCGAGAUAUAAUUUCUAGCGACUCUGUGAAUGCAUUUACUAUACCUCAAGAUAUAUGGGACCUUCGAUUAUUUAAGCGUUUGCCAUCAGUGUCGAUCUUGUGCUUAAUUUCAUGUUAUUUUUCAAGAAGAGGUUCUCAAGGUGACCUUCGUGACAGUUUACAUCUCAGACAGAAUCUCUUGAGGGCAGUUCUGGCUUUAGUUAACUGGCAGGAUCGCUUGAUGUUGAAUGAGCACAUUGUUUUGUUACUGCCAGCAGCUGUGUAUGCUCUUUGUGAUGGGUGUGUUCCUUUACCACUUGACGAUGGCAAAGGAUUUUCCCAAUAUAAUUCAUCUAUGGAUGUCCUUGAAUCAAUGGAGGAAUGGGUUAAGAGGGAGGAUUGUGAGAAUGGAAAUCUGCAAAAAUUUUUUGAAUGCUCUGUAGAUGUCCUGGCAAAAAUUGAUCAUGGAUCUGGUCCUGAGGUGGUUUCCCAGUCCCAGUACCGUCAGAGUGUACGUCUUCCCCAUCAGUUAAGAGAUUCACUGCUUCGUGAGAUGGAGACCUGUAUUGUUGAAGCUCUAGGAGAUAAAGAAUUUGACAAGAUGCUUCUAUCUGAAAUUUUCUACACCUGUGCUCUCUUAUCUAAUUUCAUGUUUUGUUCUUAUAUAACAAGGGUAAGAGAAGAAGUUUCACCUUUCCUUACUAAAAUAGGGCAGAGCUUAUCAAAACUGCUGGAUUGUGCUGUUUGUGGCAUUGAGAAAAGUUAUAAUGAUGUGAGAAAUAGCGGUUUGAGGUCAAAUUCUAUUUUUGACUGCACAACAGCCACAAUUUCUUCAUUCAAAUGUUUUCUUUCAUCUCCUCUGUUGAACAAAUGGAGAGAUGAAAAUGUUAUCGACAUUAUACUCCAUAGAGAAAUAAGUCAGUCUAUUGAGACGCUCUUGAAAACUUUGGCCAAAUUAUACGAAGAAUGUUCUGGAAGUGGAAUGAAUUUUCAGUCGGACAUGAACCUGCCUGGCUCUUCUGCUCUGAGCACCACUUUUUCAAAAUCUUCAUCGAGUGGCAGUUUAAGUAUGAUUACAGACAUGGAGUUGGAUUUGGAUGAGGAUUCUAAAGAUGCUGAUGUUAGAACAGUCAGCCGUAAACCUUGUGAUGGCAUUUCGGUGGCUGGGACUUGGAAGUUUGACAUGAUAUCACUAAUUGUGCGUUUCUUCCCUGUUUUACCAGUUGUUACAUGGGAGAUAUUGUUUGACCUUAUGGACAAAGAAAAUGAUGGAAGUGUCUUGGAAAACAUUUUGUUAAAUCUGUGCCAACAUCCUUAUUGGUCCUCUUCCAGAGAGUUUACUGACCUGGUUACAUCGAUGAGCAAGAUUAUUGAUUUAAGGGCAAGCCUUAAACUACCGUGUUCUAGUAUCCUAUCUGCUAUUCACAAUUUGUUAGAGAUGUUAAAUUCCGUUGACACUUUCGGGAAGGACAAAAAUGUUACUCCAUCUUUAAAGGAAACAAUGUCUGAGCAGAGCCUAAUUUUUCUUGGAGAUCUAUUAAAUAAAGUUGCAGAAACUGAUCUCUUUGAUUGGUCUGGUCGCUCGAAGCUGAUUGAUUGCAUAUGCAAUUUCAUCUUACUAAGACCACAGCUCGGUCAGGCCAUGAUUGAAAAGCUGCUUGUGAUGCUCCGAGAUCCUGAUUACCGAGUCAGGUUCUGCUUGGCAAGACGGAUUGGCAUUCUUUUCCAGACAUGGGAUGGCCAUUAUGAACUCUUCCAAGAUAUAUGUUCAAAUUUUGGUGCAAAGUUGGUGGUUUUCUCAAGAGAAAAGGUUGUAACUGGCAAAGAGGUCUUAUCUUCUGGUCCCCAGCCUCGUCCUGCAAUGGAAACCAUUAUUGUCACUCUUAUGCAUCUUGCAUUCUUCAGUGAGAAAAUAGAACUGGAGGCUGUUUUUAUGAUGUGUGCAAUUUCUGCAAUUGAUCCUUGUCAGAGGGAAUUGGUUGUAGCAGCACUUGAUAAUCUAUCAGUAAAGCUGCAAUACGCAACUAGGUUAAAGUACUUAGAGGAACUCAUGGGACCGAUUAUUUUCUGUUGGAUUGCUUGUGGCAUAAGCCUAGCUUCACUCAUUGAGAUGAGAGAUGUUUUUGUUUCAAAUAUGGAACCAACAAAUUUUGUGCAGUACUAUUGCCAUUGGCUUCUUCCAGCUCUAGUUUUGCAUGGGGGCAUGUCCGACCUAAACUGGGUUGCUAAGGUGGCCCAUCAACACACAGCACUUCUGGUUAAAAAUUAUUUUGUGCCAAUCUUUUCAGUUUGCAUGGCACUGCAUUGCAGUAAGAAUUCUGGAUGGGAAAAGAGUGGUGUUGUACUUCAAAGUUCAAUUUUGAGCAUUGCUGAGAUAUCUGAGAAUGAAAGAGACAAUCUCAUAAAGAAACAUAUGGUAUCUAUUGUCAGCCACAUUUUGUCUCUUGCUUCUAACCGAUCAGACCCCAUGCUUCCUUGCUUCUCCAAAGAUGCAAUAGUUCAUGCAAUUCAAACCGUUGUUGAUGGAUUCUUGGACAUGGAGGAUUAUUCUAGAAGUUUUGGUGUUGCCGACAAGAUUAACAUCUUCCGCCCUGAUAGAGUUUUUAUGUUCAUCAUGGAAAUGCACUACAAAGUUACAGAAGCAGUUCAUCAUAGGCACAAAUGCCAUCGCUUAGCUGGAAUUGAAGUGCUCGUUAAUAUUCUUGGGCAUAGAGCUGCUCUCUCAAGCACUUUCAAUUAUCUUUUCAACUUGGUGGGGCAAUUUGUUGGUUGUCAUGCAUUACAAGAACAAUGUUGUUAUAUAAUUUCCACUUUGCUCCAAACAUUUAGAAGCAAUCCAUCUAAGGAGACAGCUCGUGUUCUUGGUGAACAACUUCAGUUUUUGGUAUCAAAGUUGGUUGGAUGUGUUCCUUCAGGAUCUAAUAGUGAUCUUUCUGUCCCUCAAUCAUCCCAUGUGUUGUCAUUGCUCAAUCAACUUACCAUUGAUUCUGACCCAUUGCUGUAUGAGUACAUAAGAGAAUUGGAGCCUUUUCCUAAAAUAGAUGUGCUUGACGGGAUACAGAAAUUUCACCAGCAACUAUGCCGAGACUUCUCACCAAAGGAACACUUAGUGAAGUUUGUGAAGAGAUCUUGCUAUCUGCCACCAAGAUUACUGCUAUGCAGUCUCAAAGCAUUGCAUGAGAAAUUCGUCAUGGGGGAAAUUUUUCAGAGAGAAGGCAAUGCAGAAGAUAUUGAUGGAGAUAGUUACUGGUUUUGUGACAGUCAAAUUGCCCAGGCAGUUUGGGCACUAGUCCCCAUGUGUGGUUUGGACGAUGGAAAUGGUUUUAGUUUGUUGUUGUCUGAUUUUAUAUCAAGGGUUGGUAUUGGGGAUCCGCAUAGUGUUGUUUUCCGUCUUCCUGGAGAGUCUGGUCAAACACAUGUUUGCCGAUCUCUCAAUCCUGAUAACGCUACAGAAUUCACUGUCCGUAUGGAGACGGGCAUAUCUGAAGCACUUCUAAUUUCUCUUGUGCGACUUCUGAAGAAGUAUCUUAUGGAUGAUUGUGUUAAGAUAAUUGAUAUGACAUCACAAACCAUGCGGGGGAUACUCUCAACCGAGAAGGGCCAGAGAGCUUUGCUAUCGUUUGACUCAUGUGAGAGGUCUCUCAUUGAGGUCCAUUGCAAGGGUGUUAAUAUGGAUCUAGUGCACAACUUUCUAGUUGAUCAAGAGAGAAAAUUUGAUGCGGAAGCUAUUUCACUGGAGAAGUCUACUGCAUGGAGGACUGAUGGAAAAAAUUUUGAGACAUGGAUUUCUCCACUUGUUUAUGUUCUGAUUGGUUAUUGUGAGGAUAUGAUUUUGAGAUUAUGCCAAGAUAUUGUAUUGGUGAAACCUGAAGUUGCAGAGCUUCUCUUACCAGAUGUUGUCCUGAAUCUAGCUGGAAGGAAAAAUUUGGACAUUAACUUUUGCAAAAUAAUCUCUUUGCAGGUGCAGGAGAAUAUUUUGACAGAAUCCAAUAAGUUGAGGAAAUCAAUUCAGGUCGUUUUGGACACACUUAACAAACUCCGACUGUGUCAUGUCAUGGAAAGAAGUGCUUGUUUAGUCUCAAGCAGACGAGAUGCUCUAACGCAUAGUAAGCCAUCAAGCUAUGGGUCAAAAUCGCGUUCAUCUGGCAAGCUAAAAGAAUUGACUGCUGCUUUAACGCCGGCUGCAAUUGUUACAUCCACGUCACUAUGGGACAAGGUAUAUUGGCUUUCAAUUGAUUAUCUUCUCGUUGCCAAGUCAGCAAUUAGUUGUGGUGCUUAUUUUACUGCGGUUCUUUAUGUUGAGCACUGGUGUGAGGAGCAUUUUAACAGACUCACUUUGGGUAACCCGGAUUUCUCCCAUAUCAAUAUGCUUCCACACCACAUUGAAAUAUUGGUCUCUGCGGUCACUCAAAUCAAUGAACUAGACAGCCUUUACGGGAUUAUCCAGUCUCACAAGUUAACAUCUCAAAUUGUAACUCUUGAACAUGAGGGAAAUUGGAGUAAAGCUUUGGAGUAUUAUGACUUACAAGUUAGGUCUGAAGCAGAGAUACCAAUGGAUGGCUUGCAAAAAAUGUUCCCUGGCUGUUCACAACCAACAGUUAAUCUGUCCUCUUCCAACUUGGAAGAUGAGAUAAGACAAAAAAGGAAACCAUAUAAAGGGCUGAUUAGAUCCUUGCAGCAAAUGGGCUGCACUCAUGUGUUGGAUCUGUAUUGCCAAGGUUUAACUUCUCGGAAAGGCCAGUUUGAACAUGAUUUAGAAUUCUCUGAACUCCAGUAUGAAGCUGCUUGGCAUGCUGGAAACUGGGAUUUUUCUUUGCUAUGCAUGAGCAAUGAUUCUCCCUGUUUAACUCAAGACGCAAGAAGUGAUCAUUUCAAUGAACAUUUAUACAGCUGUUUGAAAGCAUUGCAAGAGGGGGAUCUCAUUGAAUUUUAUUCAAGAUUGAGGGAUUCAAAGCAGGAACUCGUGUUGUCCAUCCAUUAUGCAAGCAAGGAGAGCACUGAAUACAUUUACUCAGCUAUAAUUAAGCUUCAGAUUCUUUAUCACCUUGGCAUGUCAUGGGAUUUGCGCUGGAAAACUUCUUUUUCUGAAAAUAUGAAAUCUUACAAUGAGAUGCAUAAAUUUUUAUCUGAACCUGUUAUCCCUACUGUUGAUCAGUUGUCAUGGCUAAAUAGAGAUUGGAGCUGCAUAUUGAAACGGGCACAACUACACAUGAAUUUCUUAGAACCAUUCAUAGCAUUCAGAAGAGUCCUGCUUCAAAUUUUAAGUUGUAGAGACUCCACAGUGCAGCAUCUUUUAGAUUCUGCUUCUACUCUUCGCAAGGGCUCUAGAUUUUCUCAGGCUGCUGCUGCAUUGCAUGAGUUCAAGUUCCUUUGUGCUGGAGCAGCAGAAAGAAAUACAGAGUUAUAUUGGGUUGGAAGGCUUGAAGAAGCUAAGCUUUUGCGAGCACAAGGUCAGCAUGAGAUGGCUGUCAACCUUGCAAAGUACAUUUCACAAAAUUACCAAUCUAAUGAAGUCAUAUCAGAUGUAUAUCGCUUAGUUGGGAAGUGGCUGGCAGAAACUCGAUCUAGCAGCUCUAGAACUAUUUUGGAGAAGUAUCUGAAGCAGGCAGUUAUACUGGCCGAGGAUCGCAAGGAUACAAGCAAAAAAUCUAUUAAAAGACAAAGCCAAACUCAUUUCCAUCUUGCACAUUAUGCUGAUGCUCUGUUUAGAAGUUAUGAAGAGAGACUUAACUCUAAUGAAUGGCAAGCGGCAAUGAGAUUAAGAAAACACAAGACAAAGGAAUUGGAAGCACUAAUUAAGCGAUUAAAAAGUUCGUCGAAGGGGGAGAAGACUGACUAUUCCAUAAAAAUACAAGAGUUGCAAAAGCAGCUUGCAAUGGACAAAGAAGAGGCUGAAAAAUUGCAGGGUGACAGGGAUAAUUUCCUCAGUGUUGCACUUGAGGGGUAUAAACGUUGUCUGGUCAUUGGUGACACAUAUGAUGUUCAAGUGGUAUUUCGACUUGUUUCCCUGUGGUUCAGUCUCUCGUCUAGGCAAAUAGUUGUAAAUGGCAUGCUUAACACAAUAGAAGAGGUUCAAUCUUAUAAAUUUAUACCACUAGUCUACCAAAUUGCUUCAAGAAUGGGCUCUAAAGAUUGUCAGGGGCCUCAUAGCUUCCAGUUGGCUUUGGUUUCUCUUGUGAAGAAAAUGGCAAUUGACCAUCCAUACCAUACAAUCCUUCAGCUCCUAGCUCUAGCACAUGGUGAUCGGAUCAAGGAUAAGCAGCGUAGUAGAAACUCAUUUGUGGUGGAUAUGGAUAAAAAGCUUGCAGCAGAACACCUUUUAGAAGAACUGUCUUCAUAUCAUGGAGCCAUUAUAAGACAGAUGAAACAAAUGGUGGAGAUCUACAUCAAACUUGCUGAACUAGAAACAAGAAAAGAGGAUAUGAAUAAAAAGGUUAAUCUGCCAAGAGAAAUCCGCAGUGUUCGUCAACUUGAACUUGUACCUGUGGUCACAUCUACUUUUCCAGUCGACCGUAGUUGUCAAUAUCCUGAAGGCUCCUUUCCACACUUCAAAGGUUUAGCAGAAUCAGUAAUGGUGAUGAAUGGUAUAAAUGCUCCAAAAGUGGUUGAAUGCCUAGGUUCUGACGGUAAUAGAUAUCGGCAAUUAGCAAAAUCAGGAAAUGAUGACCUGAGACAAGACGCUGUAAUGGAACAAUUUUUUGGUUUAGUUAACACUUUUUUACGCAAUCAUCGAGAUGCUUGGAAAAGGAGAUUAGGAAUACGUACCUACAAGGUUGUUCCUUUUACUCCAAGUGCUGGUGUUCUUGAAUGGGUGAAUGGAACUUUUCCUCUUGGUGAAUACCUUAUAGGAAGCACAAGGAAUGGAGGUGCCCAUGGGCGCUAUGGAGUAGGAGACUGGACAUUUCUUAAAUGCCGGGAGCACAUGAUGAAAGAACACAACAAGAGAAAGACUUUCCAGGAAGUCUGUCAGAAUUUUAGGCCUGUCAUGCACUACUUUUUCUUGGAGAGAUUUUUACAUCCUGCUGACUGGUUUGAGAAGAGACUUGCUUAUACUCGGAGUGUGGCAGCUAGUUCAAUGUACCCAAUCCCUCAUAAGGACUCACCAAGCAUUAACAACUUGUCAAUGGGAUUUUCAGUACUGAAGGUUUACUUUGAAGUUCAGGUAGGUUACAUUGUUGGACUUGGAGACCGACACUCCAUGAACAUUCUAAUUGAUCAAGCGACAGCUGAAGUUGUUCAUAUAGAUCUUGGUGUUGCUUUUGAACAAGGAUUGAUGCUCAAAACACCUGAGCGGGUUCCCUUCAGACUCACAAGAGACAUUGUAGAUGGUAUGGGUGUUACUGGUGUGGAAGGGGUUUUCAGAAGAUGUUGUGAGGAAACAAUCUCUGUUAUGCGGACUAACAAAGAAGCACUUCUAACAAUUGUUGAGGUUUUUAUCCAUGAUCCUUUAUAUAAGUGGGCUUUGUCUCCUUUGAAGGCUUUGCAACGUCAAAAGGAAACUGAUGAUGAUCUGGAGACAAGCUUAGAUGAUUCAGAAGAAUAUGAAGGGAACAAGGAUGCUGCACGCGCCCUGAUGCGAGUUAAGCAAAAGCUUGAUGGGUAUGAAGAAGGUGAAAUGAGAAGUGUGCAUGGGCAGGUUCAGCAACUGAUACAAGAUGCUAUUGAUUCUGAUCGCUUAUGUCAAAUGUUUCCUGGAUGGGCAGCUUGGUUGUGAAGUGCAAAUUCACUGCAGAAGCUUAUUCUGAGUUUCUUUUUUUUUUUUUUUUUUGGGGGGGGGGGGGGGGGUUCUUCCUGAUCUGAUCUGAUCUUCUCUACUGAGCUAAAAGCGUCAUGGUUUAGGUAAAAAACCAAAUCCUUGGUUGCCAAGAAAUUACUUUGUAGCACUGUAUAUAUAAUACCAAUCCCAUCCCAAACCUACCCUCUGGACAGAAACGUUAGACUGAUUAAUCUUGUAACCAUUAAUUAGUUUCUUAUUUAUUUUUAAUAUUUUGUCUCUACUCUCUAGCAAGAUAAACACAUGUUUUAUCUAACAAAACAAAAUGGAUGGGUUCAAAAAUGAAUAAAUAAAUGAUAGGGCUUGAAAUAAUACAAAUAAGGAUAAAUUAUAUACACACUUAAAGUGGUUUAAAACAUUUUUAAAAAGAAGAAACCUAACCCCUCUUGGCCAUUUAUGGCGUCAGCCCACUCACUUCCAUUCAACAAAACCCCCCUCCUUUCUCGUUUUGGACAACCAACAAUGGGUUCCAAUGAACCCAUUCGCCAGUGGGCCAACUAGUACUAUUGUCAUUAGCAAUAAUGUUCUUAUUUUUAGUUAAAUUUAUAUUUAAGCUAAUUUAGUUAGUUUUUUAGUAAAAAUUAAACCAUGUGAGUGUAAAAUUAGCUUAAUCAUGGUCAUAGGGAAAUUUAUCCUUUUUUAUGGAUGAUAUUUUUACAAAAGUAGCAUAUUUGUAAUUAUGGUUCCAACUUCUAUUUCAGCCUAAUUAACACCCUAACGUUGUUCUGGGUCAGUUCCAAUUGGUUUCAAUAUACC